CGGGGACUGCGUGGGCAAAGGCCCCAGGCCAUAAAUCCGGGCGGGGCCUCCCCGGAGGCCAGUGCGCGGCCGCGGAGCUCGACCCGAGCGUCGCUCCGCCCCCAGGGAGAGCCGGCGCCACCAUGGAGGAGUACCAUCGGCACUGCGACGAGGUUGGCUUCAAUGCUGAUGAAGCCCACAAUAUCGUCAAAGAGUGUGUAGAUGGGGUCUUAGGUGGUGAAGAUUAUAAUCAGAACAACAUCAACCAGUGGACUGCAAGCAUAGUGGAGCAAUCUUUAACACAUUUGGUUAAGUUGGGAAAAGCUUAUAAAUAUAUUGUGACCUGUGCAGUGGUCCAGAAGAGUGCAUAUGGCUUUCACACAGCCAGCUCGUGCUAUUGGGAUACCACAUCUGAUGGAACUUGUACCGUAAGAUGGGAGAACCGGACCAUGAACUGUAUUGUCAACGUUUUCGCCAUUGCUAUUGUUCUGUAACUGACUAAAAAUGGGCUAAAGCCAUUAACUUAAGAAUGUGUCAUUAUAUCCUGUCAAAAAAGAGUAAUAGUUACUUAUUAAUGUGCUAGAUGACAAAUGUAGAGUAUGCUUUAAAGCUAUCAACAAAUACUGAAUAUUAUAAGCACGCAAUCUCAUAGUGAUUUGACAGAUUAUCUCAUAUUCUAUACAGCAUCAUUUAAAUAAGAAAAAUUGAAUGUUAGCAAAAAUAUAUGCAGAAAUAUGGCAUGACAUGAAAAUAUAAUCUUCUAUUUACGCCAGCUUUUCAUUAACAUUAUGUACCUAAGUUGAUGGGGAAAUCCAUUCACAUAAUAAAAUUAUCUUCCAGCUAGAGAAGUUAACAGGGAUAAGCAUAUGAACAAAAAGCUGCAAGAAUAAAUGUGGAUAAAAUGAUAUGAGUAGUUAACACCUUUCAGUUUUUAUUUCUUCCUUUCACUUAGUUGUACAUGAUAGUUAGUGGAAAGUAACUCUGUUCUUUUAUUUUUCUGUCAACUAAUAAUACAAUGACAACUAUGCUCAACUUGUUUACUUUUUCUGAUAAUUGGUAAGUAAAUAUUUUUUAUUUCAAAUUUUUGGAUUUACACUUGAGAAUGAAUUAAAUCUGGUAACCUGAAUUUCCUAGUUAAGCAAAAUUAGUUACAGUAUAUGAUGAACAGUAUAUGACUCAAACAGCUGCCUUAUAAUUCACUCAUUCCAUGUGGAACAAACAUUUAUUGAAUGCCUAUUAUGAGCAUAUUUCUCUGCUAAGCACUGCAGUUAUCAAUGUGCUGUUCAAAUGCUAAGUUCCUUUUCACAACUGUUCAGUUGGAAAACUAGCAUUUCUGUAUGGAGAGGGAAAAAGUAGUUGUUUUACAAAGGAAGAAAUAGUGACUACGGUUACACAUAAAGACAUAAGCAAAAUGAAAAGCACCUAUUGCUGACAGAAUUAUAGAUGCAAUUUUAAGAGUUGCUUUUAGCAAGUUAAAAUGCAUAAAAUGUGCAACUCUUAGUUAAAGCCUUAUUACCAGUCUUACUUAUACAAGUAGUACAUUUUAUUAUUGCUUUAGUUUCAACCAUCUGUAAAUAAUUUUAAAAACUUAUGUGGGGUUCAAAUUCAGUGGAAUAAAGUAUAGACUAAAAGUGUACAAUCAUUAGCAGGUUAUCUAAUAUCUCAGGGCUUAUAAAAUGCAAUUAAAUUUAUUAAGAAAAUAAAAGAUGAAAAAUUAGGGUACACAGCUGGCCACCAAAUGCAAAGUCAAUCUGCUGCUUAACCAUGAAAACAAAAUCAGUUUUGCAUAUUACCACUAAUACAUAUAGUGGAACCAUAAAUCAUUGAAUUUGGGGGGAAAAAGCUUAGUAUUGAUAUUGACAAUAUUAAGGCAGUAUUUCUUGUAGGAAUACUAUGUGCAUGUUUGAUGUUUUGCUGAAUAAUAAAAAUUGUUCGAUGUUUAAGAAAAAAUAUUUUAAAAAAUGAUAAAGUUCAAUACAGUAAUCCACAUUUUUGGCACAUCAAAAAGUCUCAAUCAUUAUCUUUAUGUUACUUUAUUGCUGCUGGCUUUUGUGCCCUUAAAGAUUAUAAUAGUGACCAAAAUAAAUGUGCAGUGAAGACUUAUUUUUGAUUAUUGUUGUCGAAGCCUGAUUUUUAAAAAAUAAUCAAUUCAUACCUCGUGAACUUGCUAUCUGCUCUGUUUCUAGUUAAAAUAUAAUAAAAAUUAUCUUCCUGUGCAUA